GUAACGUGAACCGUGCUCCUUAGUGACAUACAGGUGUAUACAGGGUUAUACAGUGGAACCUUACAGCGUCUUGAGACUUCUUAAGGGCCUGUCAAGAUUUCGAACAUCGUACAUCUCAACAGAAAGUAACAUGGGCAACGUUUGAAAAUCGGCACCGCGCUGGAUCUUUUGUGAAGAACCCCUGGACGUGUUUUUGGCAUGGCCAAUCGAGGGAGACAAGGAGUAUCAAAGUACUUUUACGACGUCGCCGAGGACAUCCCAGCCGAGAAAUGGAAGGACUUUGCGCGCAAAUUGAAAAUAGACGAAGUCAAAAUCGGUCGCAUCGAGGCUGAAGAGAAGGGCAUAGUGAAGGAAUGCUGUAUGAAGGUGCUGCACCUGUGGAGAAUGAAAAACGGCAGGCGGGCCACUCUUGAGGUUCUGAGGAAAGCACUGGACGACGCAGAGUUGGGGGAAAUAGCCGAGAACAUAAAAGAUGAAGACCCAAGGAUACCUAUACAGGUGACAUCAGGCAUGUCAGGCAACAGCAGUGGUGCACAACAGCCACCAAUACAGUACGUCACUGUGAGUCAGCCCUCUUCAGACGACACCAAGCGGUCCGGUACAGGACUGCAGCCAGAGGACAUGGACUGUGAAGAUUACGACGAUAACCUACUGGACUUGUAAAAGUUCCCUCACCAUGGCAACGCUGUGGUUCACUGCCACGGCGACGGUUAACGGGACAUAUGGAAGUAAAUUUAGCGUCUGGAUUCACGAAAUAAGAGUGAAAUUCGGGUGUGGGAGCCCUUGAGAACGUGACAGUUUUCAAAAAUGAGGAAAAUCUAGCCUCCACCAGGCCUUUCUACGGGAAUACGGAUCGUAGA